AUGGGGUGGCGGUGUCCCCCCCUUCUGGCGCUGACUCUGCUGCUGUCGCCCCCGACGCCGCCGCCGUUGCUGUCCCGAGCGCUGCGCGGGCCGCGCUGCCCGGAGCCCUGCGACUGCGCGCCCCAAGGUGCCCUGCGCUGCCCCGGCCCGCGCGCCGGCCUUGCCAGACUAUCACUCACCUAUCUCCCUGUCAAAGUAAUUCCAUGUCAAGCUUUCAGAGGCCUUAAUGAGGUUGUGAAAAUUGAAAUCUCUCAGAGUGAUUCCCUGGAAAGGAUAGAAGCGAAUGCCUUUGACAGCCUCCUCAAUUUGUCUGAAAUACUGAUCCAGAACACCAAAAACCUGGUAGCCAUUGAGCCUGGUGCAUUUACAAAUCUCCCUCGGUUAAAAUACCUAAGCAUCUGUAACACGGGUAUCCGAACACUUCCAGAUGUCACGAAGAUCUCCUCCUCCGAGUUUAAUUUCCUUCUGGAAAUUUGCGAUAACUUGUACAUCACCACCAUACCAAGAAAUGCUUUUCAAGGGAUGAAUAAUGAAUCCAUCACACUCAAACUGUACGGAAAUGGAUUGGAAGAAGUACAGAGUCAUGCGUUCAAUGGGACAACGCUAAUUUCCCUGGAACUGAAAGGAAAUGUACACCUGGAGAAGAUACACCACGGAGCCUUCUGGGGAGCCACGGGGCCCAGCAUCUUGGACAUUUCUUCCACCAAAUUACAGGCCCUGCCAAGCUACGGGCUGGAGUCCAUUCAGACGCUUAUCGCCACCUCCUCCUACUCUCUGAAAAAACUGCCAUCGAGGGAAAAAUUUACCAGUCUCCUGGAUGCCACGUUCACUUACCCGAGCCACUGCUGUGCCUUCCGAAACUUGCCAACGAAAGAACAGAAUUUUUCAUUUUCCAUUUUUGAAAACUUUUCCAAACAAUGUGAAAGCACAGUAAGAAAGCCAAAUAAUGACACACUCUACUCUGCCAUCUUCGCGGAGAGCGAACUGAGCGGUUGGGACUAUGACUACGGCUUCUGCUCGCCCAGGACCCUCCGCUGUGCUCCGGAGCCAGACGCUUUCAACCCGUGCGAGGACAUCAUGGGCUAUGACUUCCUGAGGGUCCUCAUUUGGCUGAUCAACAUCCUGGCCAUCACGGGCAACCUGACGGUCCUCUUUGUCCUCCUGAGCAGUCGCUACAAGCUGACGGUGCCCCGUUUCCUCAUGUGCCACCUGUCCUUUGCAGACUUCUGCAUGGGGCUCUACCUGCUGCUCAUUGCCUCGGUUGAUUCGCAGACCCAAGGCCAGUACUACAACCACGCCAUAGACUGGCAGACCGGCAGCGGAUGCAGCGCGGCCGGGUUUUUCACCGUGUUUGCCAGCGAGCUCUCGGUCUACACGCUCACGGUCAUCACCGUGGAGAGGUGGCACACCAUCACCUACGCCGUGCAGCUGGACCAGAAGCUGAGGCUGAGACACGCCGUGCCCAUCAUGCUUGGAGGGUGGCUCUUGUCCACUCUGAUCGCCCUGCUGCCCCUCGUGGGCGUCAGCAACUACAUGAAGGUCAGCAUCUGCCUCCCGAUGGACGUGGAAUCCAGCCUCUCGCAAGUGUACAUCUUAGCCAUCCUCACCCUCAACGUGGUGGCCUUCGUCGUGGUCUGCGCCUGCUACGUCAAAAUCUACCUCGCCGUCCGAAAGCCGGGGCCCAUGGCCACCAACAAAGACACCAAGAUCGCCAAGAAGAUGGCCGUGCUCAUCUUCACCAACUUCACCUGCAUGGCCCCUAUCUCCUUUUUUGCCAUCUCGGCCGCCUUCAAAGUGCCCCUUAUCACGGUCACCAACUCCAAAGUGCUCCUGGUGCUUUUCUAUCCUGUCAACUCCUGCGCCAACCCGUUUCUCUACGCGAUCUUCACGGAGGCAUUCCGGAGAGAUUUCUUCCUGCUGCUGAGCAAGUUCGGCUGCUGCAGGCGUCGGGCUGAACUUUACAGAAGGAAGGAGCUCUCGCCGCACACCUCCGGCUGCAAACGUGGCUUGCCAGGAUCCCGAUCGAACGUGCCCGCCCAGCCGGCCCCCACGCUGUCCUCGCUGCACGGUCUGUAG